AUGCAUACUUAUACAGCACCUAAACCUGGUUCCAAGAUUAUUAUUGUCGGCGGUGGAUGCUUUGGUCUAUCUACUGCCUAUACACUCUCAUUAAGCAAGGAGAAAAAUUAUGAUAUUUGGGUCUAUGAUCGCGAAUCCAUUCCUGUUCGAGAUGCAGCUUCGAAUGACAUCAGUAAAGUGGUUCGUAUGGACUAUGGCGAUGCUCGUCUGUAUACGGAUCUCGCUAUUGAUUCUAUCGACAUUUGGAAUCAAUGGAACCAAGAAAGAAAGGCACAAGGACUUGUUCCUGUCUAUCAUAACACAGGACUCUUGGUCUUUAGUGGUGAAGACAAGCUCUGUGAGAACGAACUACACAGUCUAAAGCAUAUUCGAGCUGCUGGUCAUAAUGAUUGGAUUGAAGAAUUGAGUCCUCAAGAACUUGUGUCAAGAUAUCCCUUUUUUGAGAAUGCUGUCAAGAACGGCAUCAGUGCUGCUUAUUACAACAAAGUAGGAGGUUGGUGCAACUCUGCUGAGGCCAUCAAGCAUAUUUAUCAGAAAUGUCAAGACAAUGGUGUCAAGUUUGUAUUGGGCGAUCAAGGCUGUUUUACUCAAUUGAUUACACAAGCUCGCUCUGUGGUCGGCAUUAAAACCAAGGAUGGCCAAUCUCAUUUAGCAGACCGUGUUGUGAUGUGCACGGGUUCUUGGACCUCCAGUGUCAUUGAUAUGCAUGAUCAAGUGAUUGCUACAGGCCAAGUUGUGAUUCACUUUAGACCGACAGAACAGAUCAAACAAGCUCUUAAAGACUUGCCUGUCUGGUUUGGUGACUUUAGUCGUGCAGGAUUCUAUGGGUUCCCUGAUAAUGGCCAUGGUGUGAUGAAGAUUGCUAAACAUGCUACUGGGUAUUUGAAUCCUCGUCCUCAAGAUGGUGUCUCUGUGCCUCGUACACAAGUGACGCAUGAACAUGAUACGAUUCCUGUACAAGCAGUCAAAGAUUUCCGUACUUAUUUAGCCAAGUUUUUACCCAUCACCAAUGCAUUAGAUAUCACUUAUGCGCGCGUAUGCUGGUAUUCAGACUCUAUUGAUGGGGAUUUUAUUGUUAGUCCUCAUCCUGAUUAUGAUAAUUUAGUUGUAGCUGCUGGUGAUUCUGGGCAUGCUAUGAAAUUCCUUCCUAUGAUGGGAACGAGAAUUGUAGAAGUCAUUGAAAACCAAGAGAAUGAAUACACAAAAGCAUGGGCAUGGAGAAAAGUGCAACCACGCCAAGGCUUUUAUGAUCGACCUCUUUUGAUAGAUGAACAUCAUACAAUCAGAAUGGUCACACAGGCAGAAUUGAGAUCAUCCAAACUAUAG